AUGGGUAGAUUCAAGGGAAACGAUCAGCUUUUGUUUUGGUCUUUUAUGUUGAUUUUAUUGGUUGUCCUUCCGACCCUAGUUACAGCAGAAUGCACGUGUGACAAAGAAGACGAAGAUCAUGAUAGAGUAAAAGCUAUGAGGUACAAGAUAAUAGCUUUGAUAUCGAUUCUAAUUGCGAGUGCAAUUGGGUUGUGUAUUCCCCUUCUAGGCAAAGUGAUACCUGCAUUGAGUCCUGAGAAGGAUAUUUUCUUCAUGAUAAAGGCUUUUGCUGCGGGCGUGAUUUUGGCUACUGCAUUCAUCCACGUGUUACCCGAUGCUUUUGAAAAUCUGACCUCACCUUGUCUCAAGGAGCAUCCAUGGGGAGACUUUCCCUUCACUGGGUUUGUGGCAAUGUGCACUGCCAUGGGGACUCUCAUGGUGGAUACUUAUGCCACUGCUUAUUUUCAGGAGCACCAGUCAAAGGAAAUACAGAAUGAGAGUGGGGAUGUGGAGCAAGAGCGAGGGCACAUGCAUCUUCACACGCAUGCAACUCAUGGCCAUUCACAUGGCUCUGUUCAAUAUGAUGAUCAUUCAUCCCAAUCUCUUCGUCAUCAGGUCAUAUCACAGGUGUUGGAGUUGGGAAUUAUUGUUCACUCUAUCAUCAUUGGAGUUUCGUUGGGAGCUUCCGAGAGUCCUAACACGAUAAGACCACUGGUAGCCGCAUUGACUUUUCAUCAAUUCUUUGAAGGCAUGGGACUUGGAAGCUGUAUAUCUCAGGCAAAUUUUAAGAGGAUUUAUGUUAUAACGAUGGGAAUAUUCUUUGCAUUAACCACUCCAAUGGGGAUUGCGAUUGGCAUAAAUAUCACAAGUGUUUAUGAUGAAAACAGUCCAACUGCUCUUAUUGUGGAAGGAGUAUUUAACGCAGCUUCGGCGGGGAUCUUAAUCUACAUGGCACUUGUUGAUCUUCUUGCCGCAGAUUUCUUGAAUCAAAGGAUGCAACAAAGUGGUAGGCUUCGUUUAGGGGCCAAUGUUUCUCUUCUGCUUGGAGCUGGUCUGAUGUCUCUCAUAGCUAAAUGGGCUUGAGAAGAAUGUCUGUGUUUUAGUUUAGGUUAGAAGAAGUUUCGUGUUUUGGUUCACACAAUUUCUUUUAUAAUA